AUGUCUAAAGCAUUCCAACAACCCCUCCUCAUCUCAAGUGAGGGGGAUCGUCGGUGGGUGGAUGCGGGCAAACCGAGACCGAGCACGAGUCGGCGCCGUGACAAGCCACAACUUUCCUGCAAUCUCUGCCGGCAAAAGAAGUUGAGAUGUGAUCGCCAGCAGCCAUGCUAUAAUUGCGCCGGGCGCGGACUUUCCUGCAUAUAUGCACAAAAUCCUGACAAUGGAGCACCUUCAUCUUCGAUUGGCGAACCACAACCUACAUUGCAGGACCGCCUAGCCCAUUUGGAAAGAUUGGUCAAGGUUCUCAUGCCAGGCCCUUCAAGUCAGUCUAGCCCCAACGCUGUCACAACCUCAGGCGCCAUUGGCGACGUCAUGAGUGCUCGAAUACACGAUAAUUCACUUGUUGAUACCUCCGCGGAUGUCCGCUCAGAGUGUGGGAGCAUCAGUGCCACGGCGACAGAGCUUCCCUACAUUGGUGACGACCACUGGGCUGCCAUUCUGGAAAGUAUUUCCGACUUGAAGCACCAGGUCGAUAGAGAUGAACAGACAAGGAUGGAUGAUACCAUCGGAGAUGACAAUCCGUACACGAGACGCCCAUCCCCACAUGCCCUUCUCCUCUAUGGCUGUCCUCGUGCUCGGUCGCGAGAGGAGAUUUUGUCCGCUCUACCACCUAAACCAGCGGUAGACCGCUAUGUUUCGUUUUAUUUCAACCAUCUGUCGCUAGCUUACUCCGUUAUUCACUCCCACAGCUUUCUUGGCGAGUAUCAAAAAUUCUGGGAAGCGCCUUUUGAAACUCCAAUCGCUUGGAUCGGCCUACUAUUUACCAUCAUCUGCCUUUCCGUAAUUGCCUCAAAGGAUAACGAUGAGAUUCGUGACAAGGCUGAGGACGAACGAUCGCGUCUCCAGAUCGAUUCCUAUCAGGAAAAGAUUGUUCAAUGUCUAAUCUUAGCUGAAUACACCAGAACCGGCCCGCAUAUCCUAGAAACCAUGAUUCAUUACGCUCACAUAGAGUUCGCCAUCCAUCCAGAUGCCAACACUGACCUAUGGUACCUUUUCGGCAUUGUCGCAAAUAUGGCAAUGCGAAUGGGAUUUCACCGUGACGCUCGCUACUUCAAGGGAAUAACGCCCUUCCAGGCCGAGAUGCAGCGCCGGAUAUGGUCGUCGCUCCUGAUGGGAAACAUUAUCAUUGCUGGUCAAGUGGGAAUGCCUCGCAUGAUCUCGGCCACGCAGUACGACACCGCCGAACCCCGAAAUCUGACUGAUGCAGACCUCGAUUUAGUUCAUACGGGCGGGAUGACCGGGCUCCCUCCAUCGCGACCCGAGACUGAAUAUACUCCAAUACUUGGCGUCAUUGCAAUGAGGAGGAUCGUAGAAGCUCUGGGUCAAAUCUCGGAACUUCGAGCCGCUGUCACAGCGUGCACAUAUGAGGAGGUCAUGCGUGCCGACAGCGCUUUACAACGAGCAGCUGACAGUAUGCCUCCUCCAAUGAAAAUGAAACCCAUGGCGGCUAGUAUAACUGAUUCACCCCAUGCGAUAAUGUGGCGACUGUUCAUCGGUCAUUUAUUCUACAAGGGCCAAAUAAUGCUCCACCAACCGUACAUGUUUGCUUCGGCAACAGGGAAUAUUCAUGCUUACUCGCAAGAGACGUGCUUAGAUGCAUCGCUGAACAUGUUGGAGAUUCAGGGGAUUUUGGAUGAGGAGACACGCCCCGGGGGACAAAUAUCGAUGAUGCGAUGGCGAGUCUCCUUAAUUAUGAAUAAUCAGUUCCUUACGGCGACGAUGAUCCUUUGUUCGAUGUUGCACCGCGGAGUGACACUGAGAAGAGAGGAGGAGAUUAAGUCAGAGCUACGGAAGACUCGAACAGUCUGGAUGAGAGGCAGCCGCAACUCCCGAGAAGCCCAGAAAGCCGCAGAGGCAGUCAGUUUUGUUCUUUGCGAAUCUGCGGGUGGAUUAUCCACCGAGCUGUUCAGCGCAGGCCCAUCAGGGCAGCUUCUCGACCCCUUCAUGUUGGAUGCAAUCAACCGUGAAGGUGUGUGCUUUGGGGAACCAGGCUUAAGCACUGACCCCAUGGAGACGUUUGACUGCUUAGUCCUAGAGACACCCGCUGCUCCUAGCGAGGAGACUCCCAACGGCAACUCGGUCGUCGAAACUGAUCUUGUGGAACCGGAUCUUGAUUUCGGAGACGUGAGGAUAUGA